AUGUCCUCUCCAAUAGACCGUGGUGAUCCAAACGCUAUUGCCAUUGUGGGCAUGUCCUGCCGGUUUUCCGGGAUAGCGAGCUCUCCAGAAGGCUUGUGGCAGAUGUUGACAAAUGGACUUACAGGAUGGACUAACACUGCAGACAAUCGCUUCAACCUAAACGCGUUUUGGCACCCACAAGCUAGCCUUAGCGGUUCGUUUAAUGCUCGUGGACUCCAUUUGAUCAAGCAGGACCCAGCGCUUUUCGACAAUGGCUUCUUCGGCAUCUCAAACAUCGAAGCGAAAGCCAUGGAUCCACAGCAUCGAAUGAUGCUAGAAGUUGCGUAUGAAGCUUUUGAGGAUGCUGGAAUUGCCAUGACGGCUUUGAAAGAUUCAGAUACGGCCGUAUAUUGCGCUGUUUCCCAUCAUGACUACGAAAAGAUCCUCGGUAGAGAUGCAGAGGUCUCGCCAGGAUAUCGCUUUACGGGAACGGGCCCAUCUAUGCUUGCAAAUCGCAUUUCUUAUUUCUUCAAUUUGCAUGGACCGAGCAUUACACUCGACACAGCCUGCUCUAGUGGACUAGUCGCUCUGCACGAAGCCUGCAAAUCUAUUCGCGGGGGUGAAGUAACACAAGCUCUCGUUGGCGGCGCAAACCUCAUUAUUGAUCCCGAUCAAGUCGAUCUCAUAUCAUCAUUGUCAUUCCUUUCGCCUCACGGCCGCUGCUACUCUUUCGAUUCUCGUGCUGAAGGUUUCGGGAGAGGCGAAGGAAUUGCUGCUGUGAUGCUCAAAUCGUUGGACAAGGCACUGCGUGAUGGCGAUACCAUUAGAGCUGUCAUACGUGGCAGUAGCGUUGUGCAGGACGGUCGUACUUCAUCAAUCACGGUACCGUCAGGUGAGAUUCAGGCAAGGAUGAUGCAGAGGCUAUAUGAACAAGUAGGCCUUGAUCCAAGCGAUACAGCCUAUGUUGAAGCACACGGAACGGGAACAACAUUGGGCGACAAGAUUGAAGCCAGCGCCCUGCGAGAUACAUUUUGCAAAAACAGGGACAAGAGUAACCUUAUCGUCGGAAGCAUUAAAUCGAAUAUUGGCCACACAGAGAGCGUCGCUGGACUAGCAGGUUUAAUUAAAACCGUCCUGAUACUCGAGAAAGGAUACAUACCCCCAAACCCGACUUUUGUUCAGCCGAGCGAGAAAUUGCCGAUUAAAGACUGGAAUAUCGAGGUGCCAAAAUGCAUGAUUCCAUGGCCGGAGAACGAAAUUCGUCGAGUGUCUAUAAAUAGUUUCGGGUACGGCGGUACAAACGGCCAUGCCAUCUUAGAAGCUGCUGCAGACUAUCUUGGUCAGAGCCCAGCUAGAGUACAAGAUAACUUAGACUCAUCAUCGCGCCCACGGCUUUUUGUCCUGUCUCAUGAGCUUGAGUCAGGGAUACGAGAAACUGCAGCCAACCUCAAAAGGUUUGUCACCAGCCUCGAUGAAACUUCCCAAUCCUUAGACAGCCUGGCUUUCAGUCUCAAUCGACGCUCUGUCCUGAAUUACCGAUCUUUUGUUACGGCUUCAACAAAAAAGGAGCUUCUUGACAGCCUUGCAAGUCAAGCAACUGGGGAAGACCGAGCGACAAGCCGUCCUAAACCUCCCAAGAUAUGCUUUGCAUUCACUGGCCAAGGAGCACAGUGGGCAGGAAUGGGGCGGGAUUUGUUGGACACGAACCCGUUCUUUGCAGAGUCAAUGAAACGAUCUCAGCAGAUUCUGAACGUUAUUGGUGCAGAUUGGCAUCUGAUCGAGGAGAUUAGCAAGGACGAGCACUCCCGCAUCAACGAGGCAGCUUUUUCUCAACCAAUUUGUACCGCCAUUCAGAUCGCACUGGUAGAUUUGCUCGCAUCGUGGAACAUUCAUCCGGUUGGUGUCAUUGGGCAUAGCUCGGGGGAGAUAGCCGCUGCAUAUGCUGCUGGCAUGCUUUCGGCAGAAGACGCCUUGAAAAUUGCUUAUCACCGAGGCAGAUGUGUCGAAGUGUUGAAAGAGCGUUAUCCCGAUCUCCGCGGUGCCAUGCUUGCAGCAGGUAUCUCGGCCGCAAAUGCUCAGACGUACCUCUUGGACCAGCCCAUCAACGAAAAAGCCGUUGUUGCUUGUGAAAACUCUCCAAGCAGCGUCACAAUUUCAGGUGACGAAAAGGCUGUACUGGCCGUACAAGAAAGGUUAAAUGAAAAGAAACUGUUUCAUCGAAGACUCAUCGUUGAAACAGCCUACCAUUCCCACCACAUGGACCUGAUCCGUGAUGACUACAUGGACUCCAUUAAGGAUAUCAACUGUACUGCACGCCGGUCAAGUGUCCAGAUGGUAUCAUCCGUCAACGGUGAGGAAGUUCAGGAUGGCGUCCUAGGAGUCGAUUAUUGGUGCAAUAACCUCACAUCACCGGUCCGCUUCGUUGAUGCGGUGGCUGGAAUUCUCGAAGUAAUUCGUAGCGAGAAUAAGGAACCAGUGGCUAUGGUCGAACUAGGCCCUCACGCAGCGCUAUCUGGCCCAAUAAAACAGACAAUCAAGGCCAAAAGCAUACAGGGGGUCGACUAUCUGUCUGUGCUCCAUCGCUUCCAAGAUGGUAGCAAAACCGCGUUAACUGCAGCUGGUCAACUCUUCCAAAGCGGAUACCUUGGGCUUGAUUUGAAUGUGAUCAACAACCCCUAUGGCACCACAGAUAAUCGCCACCUGUCAGAUAUGCCAAGAUACAGUUGGAAUCACAAAACGACGCACUGGAGUGAGUCACGUAGGAGUGCAAAUUAUAGGUCCCGUAAAUUUCCCAGGCAUGAUCUCCUGGGAAGCUUUGGUCUUGACAGCAUCUCUGAUGAGCCAAUCUGGAGGAACCACCUGAAUCUUCAAAGGCAGCCAUGGCUCGCAGGGCACGCUAUUGGAGGGCUUAUUAUCUUCCCCGCUGCUGGCUACUUGGCUAUGGUUGCGGAGGCUCUGAAGCAAGUCGCUCUGAGUGAUGGAAACCCCUGGAAGAAUCUGCGGCUCAAAUUUCGGAACGUCAAUUUUGGAAGUGCUCUCAUUAUAUCAGACACUUCGACGGUGGAAACCAUACUUGCCCUGCGAUCACGCACCCAUGGGAGCUCUUGGAGAGAGUUCCACAUAUUUUCUGUCCUGAACAACGGCCAGUCAACAGAACACUGUCGAGGGAUGGUAACGACGACAUCACAGGGCCGCCAACGAGACUUAACAGAUGAAACCUCCACGGCAUUGGUUGAUCAAGUCAAAAGGGAAAACAUGAUCCAAAUUGACCCUCGUAAUUUGUACCAAGAACUGAGAACAAUUGGUUUGCAGUACACUGGUGUCUUUGCAGGCCAACAACAAAUAAGGGCAUCAAAACAUGGAUCAGUAUGUCGCAUACCUGUACCAGAUGUUCAGUCCAUUAUGCCCGCGAAGUAUCAGCAGCCACAUUGCAUCCAUCCGUCAACAUUGGAUCUCUGCUUCCAGUCAGUCUUUCCAAUCAUGAAAACAGCCGGUCUCCUUGGCAGCUCCACGUCGGUAAGCUUCAUUAACAGCUUAGAUAUUCAUACCGAUAUCCCUUCCAAACCGGGACAGGAGCUGGAAGUCAUCACAAACUUACGUCAAUAUGGAAACUCAAAGGUGAUUGCCGAUACAGUUGUUACUCAUUCUCGAGGGGGGAAGUCCUCCAUGUUUAUGAGAGUCAACGGAUUAGUACUUGCAAGUUCAGGAGGGUUUCUACACAGUGGACCAUCACAGCGCCCCGAAGGCGAAUCAUUGACGCACCAACUCAAGUGGUCUAUUGAUCCAGAUUUGGCCCAGUCCGGCGCUGUUGUUGCCCAUUGUCAACUGGGCCAAACAGAGUUGAUGGCACAGGGGAACAACCAUGUUUGUAGCGAAUAUGCGAAACACCUCAUCCAGAAAACUCUGGGCUCGCUUAGUCCUCACGAUGAGAUAAAAAUAGAGGGCCACUUGCUCAAGUUUUUCCAAUGGUUGAAAAGUCGCAACACUACCCAAAACUUUGAGUCUUUGAGCUCGAGUACGACCGAUAUUGAAGAACAAGUCAAGAGAGCCGGGCCCAUUGGGGAGAUGCUAGCACACAUCGGUCCUCAUCUUGCCGAGAUUCUUCGGGGUGAGGUAGAUGCCCUUUCAUUGCUUCAAGAAGACAAUCACCUCGAAAAGCUGUAUAGCCAUGGAAGCUAUGAUAGAUGCAACCGCCAACUCGCCAAGUAUGUUCAACUGUUGCAAUUCAAAAACCCAAACAUGCGCAUUCUCGAAAUAGACCCCGGAACUGCGAACACAACAACGCCAAUCAUUGAAGCACUAUCCACACAGGUAGACUGUUUGGGAAGACCAAAGUUUGACAAAUACACUUUCGCGGACAUCUCGACCGGCUCUCUUGAAGUGGCGGAACAAAGGCGCGAGAAAUUUGGCGGCUUCAUUGAAUUCAAGAAACUUGACCUUGAUAAACAACCCAUAGAACAAGGCUUUGACUUGGGUUCAUAUGACCUUGUAAUAGCCACGAAUGCUGCUCACGCCACUCGGGACAUCGAGCGUUCAUUGAACAAUGUCCGAGCAUUGCUGAAAGAGAACGGUCAUCUCGUUCUUAUUGAGCAUACUGUUCCUACUCUGCAUACUGGGUUAAUAUUUGGUAUGCUUCCAGGCUGGUGGCUAGCGGCGGACGGUCGGCAAGAAGGGCCGCUCCACGGCAUAUCUAAAUGGGAUGAGUGCCUCCGAGCCUGUGGAUUUUCUGGCACCGACAUCAACCUUCCAGAUUAUGGAAACGCCGAGCAUGAAAUGAACGUUUUGAUAACGUCAGCAUGCCAAGAGCCAACUCCAUUGUGCCUUGGUACAAAAGAUUUAUCUCAGAGUCUAACUAAUUCUCCAAGCUAUGUUAAAUCCCCAAGUACACAAUCAGUCACAUCCGAUAUUGCUUCUCCACGUUCGGCUACAGAUUCAGGUCCAUCUACGGAGGAUAUUUAUGACGAUCAAAUAGUCCAGAUUGUACAUGGCGCAGCGGAAGAAAGCUUGGCUCAACACCUAUCGGAAAUCUUUAGAGCAGAGGGUAUUCCUGCGGCGACGGUCGAAUUGAAAGAUCUGUUGCCAAGCGAUAGGCUUGUAGUGGUACUCCUGGAGUCGAUGGAGCCAUUCCUGGCCACAUGCGCCGAUGAAGACUGGCAAAAAGUCCGGCAGAUAUGCAGUUAUGCUGCAGGAGUUCUCUGGAUCACUACCGGAGCGGCAAUUGAGACCCCUAAGCCAAUGGGAGCUCUCAUUACGGGACUCUCACGCACUUUACGAUCCGAGAAUCGUUCAGCGAAAUUUGUGACCGCGGAUCUCGAAGAGAACUCGAGUGCUGAAAACAGAUAUGAAUGGGAUUGCCGCGCCGCUGUUAAUAUUUUCAAUAUUUUCCGGCGCUCUCUAUAUGACUAUAACCCAGAGUCGAUGAUAGAGUGGGAGUAUGCCGUCCGUGAUGGCCAGAUCCUGAUUCCACGAGUCGUCGAGGAACUCCAAAUGAACGACUAUGUUCGGGAUAGUGUGUCCAAAUUCCACCCACGACUCCAAAGCUCACUCGAAUCCGGGCGCGCCUUGGGUCUGAAGAUUCGAGUACCUGGACUUCUGGAUACCCUCUACUGGGCAGAUUCCGAGAAGCACUCGCGCCCAGUCGGACCAGAAGAAGUCCGUGUCGAGCUUGAAUUCAUUUCUCUCAACUUCAAGGACAUCAUGAUUGCCAUGGGCCAGCUUGACGGACAUUCCGAGUUGCUUCUAGAAGGAAGCGGAAAAGUCGUGCAAGUUGGCGAUAGUUUGUCUAGCCAAUUUGUUAUCGGUGAUUCGGUCUACGUAUGCGAUUUUGAUGGUCUUGCAACUACGUCCAAUGUCCAUAAAUCGAGGGUCCUUCGUGUGCCGCAGAACAUGGGUUUGGAUAUCCCCGCCGCUACUGGUAUCGCAUAUGCCACGGCUUUCUACGCCCUAGUCGAUCGAGCUAACCUGCAAGCUGGAGAAACUGUCCUGAUUCACUCCGGAGCUGGCGCAGUUGGACAAGCCGCGAUUACGUUGGCUCAAAACGUCUGCAAAGCUGGCAAGAUCUUUGUUACCGUGGGCAGUGCCGAGAAGCGCGAGUUCAUCAAGAAUACCUUUGGAAUACCAGACGAACAUAUAUUUUCUAGUCGUGGACUUGACUUUUAUGAAGGAGCUCUUCGCCAGACCAAGGGCGAAGGUGUCGAUGUACUGCUCAACUCGCUCAGCGGCGAAGCACUACAAAAGGGUGUUGAUCUUCUCGCCCCUCUGGGACGGUUCGUCGAAAUCGGAAAGAAGGACUUACUUUCUUUCGAAUCAAGACUGGAAAUGAGGUCUCUCGAGAAAAACACCCAAUUCUCCACGGUGGAUCUGACAAUGCUUGGGAGGAAACGACCAGACCAGCUGCAUGGAAUUCUUGACACCGUUUUCAGCUUACUUGCCCAAAGUCAAAUCACCACUUUCGGUCCCAUAGAGGCUAGACCACUCUCAAAACUGGAGGAAGUUUUCAGAUUGAUGCAAUCUGGACAACAUAUGGGCAAACUUCUCCUGAAGACUAAUCCCGUUGAACCCAUUUUAGUCCAACCACCGAAACCAGCGGCUGUAAAGCUGAAAUCGAACUUUUCCUACCUCGUCAUUGGUGGAACUGGUGGCCUUGGAAAGCAAACUCUCCGUCUUCUGGCCAACCUUGGUGCUAAGAAGCUCAUAACAAUAUCGCGCUCCGGCCUGGAUGGUCAAACGACGAAAGACAUGGUUGAAGAAUUGUCUGGGCGGGGAGUAGAAGUGACGGUACAUAAGGGGAGUGUCUUGGAUAAGACAUUCCUUGAAAGUUUGAAGGAUCGUUGCAGGGACCAUCCGAUCAAAGGCGUUAUCCAAGGUGCCAUGGUUCUAGAAGAUUCCCGAGUGGAAGGGAUGGGGUACACGCAAUGGCGAGCUGCAAUGGAACCCAAAGUUUUUGGAACUUGGAACAUACAUGAGGUUUUCGGGGAUUCACUUGAUUUCUUCGUGCUCCUUUCAAGUAUCGGCGGUGUGAUCGGGUCUUUGGGCCAGGGGAAUUAUGGUGCCGGUAACACGUUCCAGGAUGCCGUUGCUCGCUAUCGAGCAGUAUUAAGACUGCCAGGUCGGUCCAUAAAUGUCGGAUUAGUUGAGGAUGCGGGAUAUACGGCAGAAAACGAGGCUGCGGCAGAGUUCAUGAAACGCCAAGGCCUGACUACGUACAGGCUCGGGGAAUUCCUGGCAACAAUUGAGGAAGCAAUAAAGAACCCCGUCGCAGCUACACCGAAUGAGGCGCAGUUGCUCUGUGGCCUGAGCAGAGCCGACCCGAGCUCCCAGGAUGAAGCAGGGAUACUCCAAAGACCAGAUCCGAAGUUUUCCUACAUCUGGAGGAAGUCUCGAGGGCAAGAGCGGCGAGACCCAAGUUCCACUCAAGUUGAUGUCCAAGCGGUCUUGAGAUGUUGCGGAAGCGCCGAGGAGGCUGUCGAGACCACCUUAACUGCAAUUAAAACAAAGCUGGCCCGCCUUCUAGCAGUCCUCGUCGAUGACAUUCGAGUUGAUCGAACACUUGCAAGCCAUGGUGUCGACUCCCUUAUUGCAAUCGAACUUCGAAACUGGAUCUCGACCUUUUUGGAAGCUCAUGUCGACAGUCUUGAGCUAAUGAGCUCAAUACCAUUCGCGGACCUGGUUGCGUUGAUCGCCAAAAGGUCUUGUUUGGUUCCGCCGGGAAUCUUUGCUAAAUGACCGGACAAGGCGGUGUCGCGUGGAAAUAGGCGAGUGGGGAGGUUGAGGCAAUGAAGAGCGGCGCCGAAACAUUAGGAGGGGUAGUUACUGUACUUCGUAUGCUGAAAGAAUAGUAGUAAAACUAGAGUUGUGAAACUCAUUAAUAAACUUUCUUAUUCUGAGCACUAAACUAAGCCACCCAGGGGAAAUAGUAUAGAGAUGGAAUCUCUGGACUGGCACUGAUU